AGCAGAAGAGAGAAGCCCUAUCUACAGCAUGAGGGAAGCUGCGCUGAUCAGAGAUGCUGUGCACCUCGAUCGGACGUCUGCAUCCGGCACGAUGUCCAAGCAUCUGCAUCAGCAUCCGCAUCUUCAGCAUUGCCUCUUCCUCGCAUUCUUCCGUCCACGUCGAAGAGCCGACGUCUGCGCACGACGUUUUCGACGGCGCAACUCAGGGAGUUGGAGCGAGUGUUCGAUCUAACGCACUACCCUGAUAUUAACAUGCGAGAACAGCUAGCAGCUACGACAGCACUACCUGAGACCCGCGUGCAGAUCUGGUUCCAGAACCGACGGGCCAAGUGGCGGAAGCAUGAGAGGCUGGGUAACUUCGGAGGACUUCAGGAUCUGACGGACGCGUGCGACGCCAUACUUCCUGCUCCGAAGUCUCGAUCCAUCAAACCAAGCUCAUCGGCGGGGAAGGUACACCUGGAUGAAGAUGUGGGUAAUGAAAAGGCGCCCCGUCCCACCAGAAAGAGUUCCGUCAACGCCCCUCGUUCCUCUUACAGUGGCAGCACUCGAGUCUCCGCCAACCCAAUGACCAGAUAUCCACUCCUCUCUUAUCCGUAUUUCCUACCGCUAGAUGCCGCCACUUACCUAGGCGAGCGACGCGAAGAUUCGGCGGAGGCGGAGACGACCGAAGGCGAGUCACGACAAUCAUCGAGCAUCGCCAACUUGCGCAUGCGCGCGCGAGAACACCAGACGGCUAUCGAGAUGCAGUAUUUGUACCGCUAGGGGGCGUGAGCGGAAACUUUUUCCAUCCGCAUGCGGGUCUAUUAUGUCAUCGUAUGCACUUGCGUCUCGUCUUGUUGCUAUGGUGUACUAUGGCUAUAGUAUGAGUUUCAACAGUUAUCGUCCACUUUUAUUAUGCGUGUGCGUGCGUACGGACCUGUGCUUGUACGAGCGACAAUGCGUGAACGCGCGCACGUGCACACAGGUGCGUAUGUGUACGCUCGAGUGCAUGUAUAUCCGUGAGUGUACGCGCGUAUGUGUACAGCGCUUAUGUGUGCAAGAAAUGCGUCGGGUGAGAGGGUCUAUAAUUUCAUCGUAAGCUUAUUCAUUUUAUAUAAUAUUAAACGAAAUACACCGAGGGCCUAUAAUUCUGUCGUAUGGUUAUUCACUUUAUAUAAUAUACAAGCGAACAGGGGGAUGCUUAUUUACAUUAGCAGCCUCACUGUAGAGAGUUGAUAAUUCUACCACCUAUACCCAUGACAUCAGGCGCGCCUCUCUUGCCCCCUGUAUCUGCGCCAUAUCAUCAUCCAUAAACGUAUAUAACACAGGAAUUGUGUUCUAUAUCGACAGUACCGCAGAGCGCUGCCGAAAUAAGUAGACGAUCCGGUUUACAUUUACGUCAACACGUAGGCAAUGUUAUGCGAACGCCAUAUUUACAUGAUCGGGAUGAUGCGACCCGAUCCGCCAGAUGGCGUGUUGACAGACGAUAGUUUAUCGAGAGAGCACUCGGUAAGGACCGUUCUCGCGCAUAUAGAGGCCUUUAUAGGUUAUAUGCCUAUAUAUUAUGUUACUCGGCGAGUCACGUGAGCGACUCGCUCGGCGUCGGUAGUCGGCGAGAUAAAGUGACGGUGUCAUGGCGACCAGCUUACACGUCCUGGCAGGGCAUUCUGGGAAGUAUAGCCGCCAGGAUGCGGUCGCGUGAUUCAAAUGAGUGGAGUUGGUAUGUUAGGAAUUAUCGCUAUUUAUAUAUACAAUAUAUAUUAUAUUAAGA